AUGAGCUCGUUGGCUACGUUAGGUGAAGUGACUGAAUCCAAUCAUCUUUCUAGUCCGCCACCUAAAACUUCAAUAUCAAUAUCAAAAGAAGAUAUCGCACUUUCGGCGGUGGAAGGAAUUCUGGAAUUACCUGCAGAAAACACCCCAAGGCAAACACCAGAUCCUAACGAAGAUGAUACUGGGUUCCAUUUAGGUAUGAAACCAGUUUCACCUGAAUGGCCCCUUCCAGCACCAGCACCAGAGCGGUCAAGUCGAAUUCCUGUUUCGGACGAGCGUAACUCAUCUGGCCCGUCUGAUUCAACCACCUUUGAAGAAUCUCCCACUCGUCUCCGUGGGGGAAGUAUUGCCAGUCAAACUGCCGGGCUGAUGCCUGGCCACCCAAUACCUCCUCCCCCACCAUCUGCAUAUCCACCAGACAGAUUUAGUUACGCUAGGAAUGACUCUGUAAUGAGGCUUUCCUCAAUGAGUCUGGAUACUACAAAUAGCUCAAUUCUGGAUGAUGGUAGAAACGGCAGUUCCGCUGAUACCGAUAUGACCUCGCCCAUCUUCCCCUCAGGAACGUCCGUACCUUUCAGUGCUGCUGACGUUGGGGUCAAGGAUGGUCGCAGGAGUUUCAUUGCAACCAACACAUCCAUACCGCCUAUGCACAACUUCCCCAUCCGCUCCUCUUCAACCAUUGAAAAUCGUCAUAAAUCUGCAUCCUCGUCACCUCGACGAAGUUUGACGACUCAUCACUUGGGUUCCAGCAAUCGCUUUAGUGGUACCUCACGUCGAUCUGACUCCAUGUCUUCAUCUAAUCCCCCUUCAAGGCACGCCUCCCGGUCUGGGACUCCAGUGAAGCAUUUGGGAUAUCAAAAUCAAGCCCCGCCUGACUGGCGAUCAUCGGGCUCCCACAUGCCCUCUGUGCCACAUGCCAAUCAAUUCCAAUUUGGUAUGGAUGACCCUUUCUACGUUGACUCGCCUGGCGGUGGGAUUAUGUUCCAACAGGUUAGAUCACCCGGAAAGGCAUCGAACAUCAUGAAGCCACCAAGCCCGUCACAACGUGACAGCCUCUCUUCUCAAAGGGGAAAUCUUCCCUCUGCACUUAAAGGUGGUAAUUCAAAACGCAAGGGCCAUCGACGUCAGAAUUGUGUUCGUAUUUCUAUUCAUCCACCUAUGACAUUUGGGUCCUCGACUUUCUCUCCUACUGUCGAAGAGGAACCGGAAGAUUUCGACAAGAUGGAGGAGGUUGAUCUACGUGAGACCUCAAUCAACAACCCAGCAAAAUCCUUGCCUUCGUUGCCACCAAGUUCAACAUCUCCUCAAUCAUCUUCGAGGCGCAGCAAGUACGGCAGUCGACAUGGCAAACCCGGUCUAGGUCUGGGCUCUCUUGGGCCACUAGUCGAGGAGCCGCAGCCCCCAAUUGACGAUGACAGCCCUUGCAAGAAGAGAACCCGUGCUCCAUCUGUCAUGCCUUCCAAAACACCUCCAUUGGAAAACAAACGUGCUCUCCCUGAACUGUUCACAUCUCUCCCCUCGUCUCACGGCAACGCUCUCUCUCACACUCCCUCUCCCGAAAGAGUCCCACCGGCAUGGAGACUCUCCGAAACUCCUUUCACAUCCUACGAGAACGCCCCUGGUAGCCCACGGCGCUCAGCAGUAAAGGGACCUCGCAGCCAGCCCGGUGUUUCUGCAGCUCGAAGCCAACCCACUCGGGUCCCGUCAACCCCCGACCAUGCGCUAGAUAGUCCUUUGACAUCGCCUAGCCCCCUCCCUCAUAUUAUGAGUAUUACAGGAACCGAAGGCAGUGACUGGAGACGAUCCAGAGACUCACUACACCACAGGAAAACAGAUGGCUCGAAUCGCUCAGUUCGACGAGCUCGUGAUUCACUAUGCAGUUUAGACAAACCAGUUCGUGACGCUGCUGCACUCUAUGGCACUCCACGCCGCUUCGCAAUGGUUCAAGAUCGUGUGACCAUCUUUGAGGAUUCCAAGCGAACCUCCCCGACUAAAUCCUCUGUGCGACCUCCCACUGGGUCUUUCCGCACACCUGAAUCGUCCCCCGUCCGUGCCAAAAAUAGUCGCCCCCGUUCCAUGCCAAACAACCAACGAUUGCCGCCUUACAUGCCCAGCCAGCAUGCACCAUCAACUCCUACUUCUCCCCGCCGAAGGACUCCAAAUGGCAAGAUGCUCGGCGUCGGAAUUGGAACUGCCACACCUGCUAGCCUUUAUGACGGAGACGGGUUCCUACGGGAAUAA